AGUGGUACACUAAGGAAAAAUGGGUAGUUUUAGAAUAGAGGUAGUGGUGAUAGUGUCACUGAUGGUGGUGCUUCCAAAUGCAGAAGGAUGGGGAAAAGAUGGGCACGCCAUUGUAUGCAAGAUUGCUCAGGCUCGCCUGGACACUGCAGCUGCAGAAGCUGUAAGCAAACUAUUGCCGAAAUCUGCAGAAAAUGAUCUGGCUAGCCUGUGUUCGUGGCCAGAUGAUGUCAGGAGGACGAUUCCUUGGUCUUCCUCCUUGCACUUUGCUGAUACUCCUGACUCCGUUUGCAGUUACGAUCACACCAGAGAUUGUGUAGAUCCGAGAACAGGAGUUAAAAAUCGUUGUGUAGUGGCAGCUAUUUACAACUACACCAACCAGCUCCUCGGAUACGGAAGUAACACACAAUCUAAUUAUAAUCUCACUGAAGCUCUUAUGUUCCUUUCACAUUUUUUUGGUGACAUUCAUCAGCCUCUACAUUGUGGGUUUGUCUCAGACCAGGGUGGCAAUGCAAUUAAUGUUCUUUGGUACAACGCAACGCAAAAACUUCACCGGGUCUGGGAUGAUAACAUAAUUGAAACAGAGUUUGAAAAAUUCGAUCAGGAUUUCGACGACUUGGUUGAUGCAAUUCAAAGAAAUAUUACGAAAGUAUGGGCUGAUGAAGUACAAGAAUGGGAGCACUGCAGUAAUUAUGACAUAUCAUGCCCAGCUAUAUAUGCGUCUGAAAGUGCGGAAGAUGCCUGUAAAUGGGCCUAUAGAGAUGCCACUGAAGGAGCAGUACUAGAUGAUGAAUAUUUCUUCUCUCGUUUUCCGAUAGUGAAUUUGCGGUUAGCUCAAGGAGGAGUUCGAUUGGCUGCAGCUCUUAAUCGUAUUUUUAACACCAACUAUUUAGCGGAAAUGUAGUGUCAUUGGAUCAUGCUUAAUAAAAUUAUUUGAACUGCGAAACAUUUUAUAUUUAUA